AGAAGAGUGGCGCUAGCCAGCGGGAAUGCAGUCCCAAACGCGCGUGUGUUCCACGCUCCAAAUCGCUGCAUCGUGUUGCGUGGUUUCCCUUAUUGGUUAUUGCUGUCAGCAAAGCUGGGUCGGUUCUCACUCUACACUCUUUCUCUCUCCUCCAAUCGCAAUCUCUCAUCCUCCUAACUCCUGCAUUCAACAACCUACUCAAACCGUUGGUUCCUCUACUCAACACUAAACAAACACACCACACUAGUUCAUUUUUUUUUUCUCUUCUCAACAAUUGAAGCAGAGAAAAAAACAUGAAGGAAUCAACAGAAUCAGACCCAAUAACCAUUUGCCUCAACCUCACCCAUUCACUUCUCCAACAAGAAAUCCCCACAGUCCAUCACUUAAAAAGCAAGUGGUCAAUCGCCCGAGUCAAACUCACCUCACUCCAAACUCACCUCACCGAUUUCUCCACCGAGUACUCCACUUCCUCAACCUCUAACCCUCUCUCCCUCCACCUCCUCCACUCCAUCUCCCAAACCCUACACGACGCCGUUUCACUCGCUCACCACUGCCAAUCUACCUCCCCCGAUUUACCUCUCGGAAAACUCCAAACGCAAAGCCACCUCGACUCACUCAUCGCCACUCUCCACCGCCACCUCAACGACUGCGAUGUCCUCUUCCGUAGCGGCCUCCUCCUCGAAACUCCCGCCUUUUCCAAACGAGAAGCCGUUCGAUCUCUUUCUAGAAAUCUCAUCGCACGGUUGCAAAUCGGGUCGCCCGAUUCAAGAGCCGCCGCGAUUGACUCGCUUCUUUCAUUACUCCACGAAGACGAUAAAAAUGUCACUAUAGCGGUGGCGCAGGGUGUAGUUCCGGUGCUCGUUCGUUUACUCGAUUCUUCCUCUGAUAUGAAGGAGAAAACCGUCGCCGCAAUUUCGAGAGUCUCUACAGUGGACAGUGGGAAGAAUAAUCUACUAGCAGAGGGAUUGAUGCUGUUGAAUCACUUGCUUAGGGUUUUAGAUUCUGGAAGUGGUUUAGCUAUAGAGAAAGCUUGUAUCGCGCUUCAGGCAUUGAGUUUUACUAGGGAUAACGCCAGAGCUAUUGGAUCUAGAGGUGGAAUCUCGUCUCUGUUAGGGAUUUGUCAAGGUGGUACACCUGGUUCACAAGCUUCUGCGGCGGCGGUUUUGAGGAAUCUGGCGAAAUUUAAUGAAAUUAGAGAGAAUUUUGCGGAGGAGAAUGCUAUUGUUGUUUUGUUAGGGUUGGCUUCUUCUGGAACGAUAUUGGCUCAAGAAAAUGCGAUUGGUUGCGUGGCGAAUUUGAUUUCGGAGGAUGAGGGUAUGAGGGUUUUGGUUUAUAAGGAAGGUGGAGUUGAGUGUUUGAAGAAUUUCUGGGAUUCGGCUCCAAUGAUUCAGAGUCUUGAAGUUGCCGUUGAAAUGUUGAGGUAUUUAGCUAUGACGGGUCCGAUUGGCGAGGUUCUUGUUGCAGAAGGGUUUAUUGGGAGGGUGAUGGGAGUGUUGAAUUGUGAAGUUUUGACUGUGAGGAUAGCAGCUGCAAAAGCUGUUUAUGCUAUGGGUUUGAAUGGUGGAAACAAAACCAGAAAGGAAAUGGGGGAAUGUGGGUGUGUUCCUUUUUUGAUUAAGAUGUUAGAUGGGAAAGGCGCGGAGGAGAAAGAAUCUGCUGCAAUGGCGUUGUCGGUGUUAUUGCAACACCCUUUUAAUAGAAGGGUUUUUCGGAAGGAUGAGAGGGGAAUAGUUAGUGCAGUUCAUCUAUUGAACCCUUCUUUGGUUAAUUUAGACAAGAAAUACCCUGUUUCUAUUCUGGUUUCGCUCUUGCAUUCUAAGACUUGUAGGAAACAAAUGGUGGCUGCUGGUGCUAGUGUAUAUACGCAGAAGCUUGUUGAAUUGGAUGUUCCGGGUUCAAAGAAAUUGUCGGAUGGACUUGGUCGUGGUAAGAUUUGGGGAGUUUUUGCAAGACCCUAAAAGAUCAGACCCAUAUUAUGCUAAAUCAUGGUACAGGAACAAGAGCAAUAACAAGAACAUCUGAUGAUUUUUCAUUGAAUCUGUAUGUAUGAUAUGAUAGGUGUGUUCAGUUUUUUUAUCUUCUUUAUCAUUUUUCCCUUUUUCUUCUUGUAAAUUACUAAUAAUUGAUGCUUAUUUGUCAAAUGAUUUAAUUGGAUUUUGUGUUUA